AUGCCCUCUGCUGGUGGUUUUACUGGUGAAAUUUAUUUACGUGCGCGUGGCAUUUACAGCUUAGGAACCAUCCGGGUAAAUCGAAUUUCCAACUGUAAGCUCCCAUGCGACAAUAUUGUAAAGGACAAGCCAAGAGGUUUCUCGGCAGAAUUUGUGGGCAUAGCCUAUGGAGUAGAGAUCAGCAAUGUUUUGUGGAAAGACAAUAAGUCAGUUCGAUUUGCAUCAACUUAUGUUGGAAUAGAACCGUUUGCACGAGCAAAUCCUAAUUUACAAGCAAAAAAGGCAACAAGAUAUGAUCGCAAAGGCAAAAAAUAUAUUGAAGUCGACUGUCCCCAAAUAAUUGACGAAUACAAUAGCCAUAUGGGCGGUGUCGAUAAGAUGGAUGGAUUAAUGGGUCGCUAUCAUAUUCGCGCUAAAACACGAGACGCAAUGACCAGAUUAUUUUAUCACUUUAUUGACAUGGCAGCAACGAAUUCCUUUAUACUGUACCAACGAAUUCAUAAUGAAAGACUGAAUGAUUCAAAUAAUGUAUCAGUGGAGGAGGAGAAAUUAUUGCAGUUGCCCGAGUUUCGCGAAGAGAUUGCUUCCGGUCUGGUCGCAUAUACGCAAAAACGAGCAUCUGGCCGAAAACCAACGUCUUGUCCAUCUACAUCACUGACAUCAACCUCGAAGCCAGGAGCUAUCAGUAUUGGUCUGAAAGCGAAACAUCCAGUUGACGACGUGCGAUUUGAUGAAAUUGAUCAUUUUCCAAUUUGGCUGAGCAAAGAUGGCGGCAAGAGAAAAUGCAAAUUGUGCAAAACUUCACAAACGCAGU